UCGAAAACAUUCAUUUUUUAAGCGAUGGCCCAGUUACUCAGUACCGUAACAAAGAUAUGUUUUUUACUUACUUUGUAAAUUGACGGAAACCUAUCAAAAUAUUUGUGAUUUUACCUGGAAUUACCAUGAAGCCGGUCAUGGCAAAGGAGCUCCAGAUGGUAUCGGAGCAACACGUAAAAGAAUCGCUGACGAAAUUGUUGCUUUAGGGACUGACAUUGCUACCAUUAACGACUUUGCUAUCGAAUUAGAUAAAAACUGUCCUGACAUUCAAAUAUUUGUGAUAACUGAAAAAGAAAUUGAUUUUCAAAAGAAGAUACUGGAAUAUAAUAAACCAAAUAUUAAAUGUUUCACUGGUACACUAAAAGUGCAUCAAGUACGAGGAAAUUAUUUGGGCAAUACGUUGUACAUGAUGAGCCUCAGUUGUUUUUGUAGCAAUUUUUGUCCUCAUUUCCACUUAGGCGACAUUAGAUACCCCCAAAAACAAAACAAAUUGGAUGUUGCGGCAGUAUAUACUGAUUCUGAGGAAGAUGUGCCAAAUGCAAUGGUUGCGCAAACAUCUAUUCAUCUGAUUAAUUCAUCUUAUAUAGAUAAUGCAGACAUUCCUAUGUCUGUUAAGAAUGGAGAUUUUAUUCUUGUGGAAUACCAAAUUAACAAUAAAAAAUAUAGAUAUGCUGGCGUAUGUUCAUCAGAUUUUGAUGAAGAAGGAGACAUCAGGGUUACAUUUUUAAAGGUCUCCAAUGAAGCUGGUACCCUUUUUAAAAUAAAUGACAUGUCUGAUGUUAAAUGGGAACAGAUCUUGACCAUAUUACCAGUGCCAAAUAUACUUAUGAAAGGUAACAGAGUACUCUACGAGUUUUCAAAGCCAGUUGAUGUUUUUGAAAAGUAAAUUAUUUAUUGUUAAAUAAAUAAUAAUUAUAAAUAUAUAUUAUAUUAUAAUUAUAAUUAUAUAUGUGGGAAAUGGAACGUAAGACGAUGGAUGAAAGAGAGGCAAGUUUUGUGGAAAUGAAAGGGAAGAUAUGAAAAAAGAAGAUGGCGAUUUUAAGAAAGCAAGGUGAGCAAGUAGUCAGGGGAUCAGUGUAAAAUAAAUAGUUAAAUCGUGGAAAAUAAAGAUUAUCCUAGAAAAAAUUUCAAUUUAUUUGCCCACCUCUCCGCCGACAUCCACAAUUUGGGGGCUCGUCCGGGAUCGACGGAUAUUUUUCGAGUUGGUAAGGACUACGUGGACACGUGGACACACCGCAUGGCUGACAAAGAGGGCAAAAGAAAAGAUUAAGACGAAAUAUUUAAGACGAAUCCCAAAGAAAAAGAAAUGACCGACAA